CACACAUACAUUGAUAGAUACAUACAUGCAGACACACAAAAAAGUAUUUAUUUUCAUAGGUGCAAAGAAAUGUUUUUGUAGCAAGAUUUUUAAGAACUACUUCGAUCAUGAUGGAAGCUUGGAUUUGGAUAUUUUUUAUUUCCUCCUUAUUCUCUAUACUUGCAAAACAUUCUUGUCAAGUGCCACCCGACCGUAGUACCAAAUCCUUAAGCCCCAUUAUUAUACUACCAGCUUCGUCCGGAAUAUCGUAUGAAUCACUUCAUUAUCCAGUGCCUGCGGAACAACAGUAUCAAGUAAUACCACUAGUGAUAAACACGGGAAAAAUACCUUUAAUUAAUCACGCAGUCCAAGCACCAAUACAAUACUUUGUACCUAAGAGCGAAAACCAACGCGCACCGAUAUAUGAAUCGGCACAAUAUUUACCAGCUCGAGACGAACGUGUGCAAACACGUAACCCGGAAACAAAAUUAUAUUCAAACGAUGAGAAAACCAAAAACCGACCGACGUACGAUCGUAAUAAAUCACCAACUGCAACUGCUACAGUUUACUCAGAAACGCGUGUCGAUGGUCAACCAUCGUCGCGGGAGUAUAGUUACGGCUAUAAAAUAAUCGACGGUCGUGUUGAUGAUUCGAAUGACCGACGUGAUGUAGCGAAAAUUGUUGACGAUGGCGGGUCGACGAGCAUACAUUUAUCCAGACCAAACGAAAUAGAUAGAGUGAACACGAUAAACUCGGGUGCAAAAUUACAAGAAGCGAACAACGAACGAAAAACAGAUAAAUCCGAACCGCAGAAUAACGGACCAGACAAUAUUUCCAGGGCUUUAAAACCGAUAAUUGUUAAGACAGAAUUAAAUGCAACAGAAACCGAAUUGAAAAAAUAUUACAAGAAGGUAAAAAAUCCGGAAACACCAAUCAAUAAAGUGACCAAUAAAAAUGGAAAAUUGACAACAAUAAAUCCUGCACAGCGGUGAAAUUGUCAGCUAAAUAAAAUACGGUGGUGGAAUAAUGGCGACCAUACAAACGAAUUAAAUAUAAUUUUAAUAUAAUAUAAUUACAAUUAUAAAGUGUUAAUAUUACAAUAUUUGCUUAUUAGUGUCGUUAAUAAAAAUCGGAUAGUGUAA